GAUGUUAUGACUCGAGACUACAUGCAACAUGCACGUUAGAAUUCUCGGUCUGAAGUCUAUGUUCAUAUAAUGUUUUUGUCUUUUUAUGGUUUAAACUUGAAAGAAGGUGAAAAGAAGAAGAAAAUGCAUCAAACUCAAGGGAGAUUGGAGUUCAACUCGUGCUUUGAAAACUGCUGCCGUGGCCUUCGUCCAUGCGAUAUGAGGAGAAGGGUCAGCGAGUAUCAGUCACUCUUCCCUUCACUUGAUUAUUCAAUGGCAAAUGGAUGGCUCUGGACACGGCCGGAGAAGGAGAUUGCAGUGGUGAGCCAUGGGAUCGUGUUGCAGCACAUGCUUUAUGUUCUUGGAAAUGACUGUGAAAACACAGCCCUGUUCAAACGGUUUGACAAUUGUGAACUUCGCUCUGUGGUAAUCGUGGAUAAAAGCAUGAUGGCAUCGGAUUGGCCGAAAACCAGCAGCAACCGAGGAAGAUGAAAGAACAGAUGGAAGUUCACAUCUGAUGAACUUGGUUUUAGAAUUUGUUUAUGAAUUGUUUUGUUUGUAAAAUUUUUCAUUCAGAAUAAUUUCAUUUUUUGGCAAGUAAGAAUAAUUUCCUUCGUUUGAACAAAAAUAAAAGGAUUGUUGAUUAAUAAAACAUUGUAACUACC